UAAUUGUGCUAUGAUCUUUGGAAAACCUUUACAAUUUCAUCAUGGUUAUUCUUGAUGUUCUUUUGGUUUAAUGAUUGUCUGAUACUAUUAUAAUCUAUAAUUCUGGCAGCUGUGUUCUUCUCUAAGCACAACAUUAAUGUAAACAUUAAAAAUAAAACGAAAGGGUGAGAAAUGCCCAUGCCAGCAGAAUAUAUAACUUUGGAAUAUGAUUCUAUGUUAUGAGUAUUAUUAUUUAUUACUUACAAGUUACAAGUUUGUCCAGCAUUUGGUAGUCUAACAUGUUGGAUAUGUAGACACAAGACCCAGAAAUCGCCGAAAACAGAGAUACAGUAGUUGCUCCUCCGAGGAAGAGCGUUGUUGAACCAGUCGAUCCGUGGGCUUUUCUGAGAGUCUGGUGUUACAUUACUGCUGAUUUUCACAUAUACAGGAUGAAAUCGAAGCUCCCAUGUGGAUAGAUCUCGAUCUAGAAGCCACGUCUGGAUACAAAGACAAUGAUGAUAACUGGUUCAAAAUAAGCCAUUUGUCCCAUCAAAGUUCUUCCCGACAGUUAAUUUCUGCAUUUUCUCGUGUUGGUGAGGGGAAUACAAACAAAACAUCUUCUCCAAAGCUUCCACGAUCUGUCUCAAAAAACAACAGAAUCAAGGAUUGGGGACAGAGCAAUUGCUGUGGCGUUGCAUCAAAUAAGCAUCACCCAAUCAAGAAUUUAAUCAGUAAAUCUUCACGGUUGAAUUCCAGUGAGAAAAUAAAACCCAAACCAAGCAAUGGAAAUCGAAAAGGAAAUGCUAGAUCAAAAGUAAAGCCCUUCAAUCUUUGCACAGAGCAAAGGGGAAGAUUCAAGGAGGAAGAAUUCGUCAAGAAAUUACAACAAAUGACGAUGGAGGAGGAAAAGCAACGGAUACCAAUCGCACAAGGUCUCCCAUUGACAACAGAUGAGCCAGAGUGCUUAGUAAAACCUGCCGUCAAAGAAAUCACAAGACCGGUUGAUUUGGUGCUGCAUAGCGAUGUGAGGGCUGUGAAGCGUGCUGAGUUUGACCAACAGCUGGCUAAGAAGAUGAGCCUUGUUGAACAGUACAGGGAGAAAAGGGAAAGACAACAAAAGUUAGCAGAAGAAGAGGAAAUCAGGAGACUAAGAAAGGAGCUCAUUCCAAAAGCUCAACUCAUGCCCUAUUUCGACAGGACUUUCAUCCCUAGAAGGUCGAUGAAGCAUUGCACUAUACCCAAAGAGCCAAAGUUCCAUAUACCACCACGACACAAGAAGAUCAAGUGUGGCAUGUGUUGAGAUGAUAUGUUCACACACCAACAAUGAAAUGCAUAGAAGGAAGGAAAAAUCAAGAUUUUUCGUAUUUUUUUUGUUGUCAAUUGCUUAAUAAUGCUGAACUUUUUUUUCUUCUUUAUAUGGUCUCCAAUAUUCCUUGUGUAUAUGAAAGCAAUCAAUUUAAUUGCAAUUUUGAUGAAACAAGUGACGGUAGUGCUGUAUGCACAAUUGUGUGCUAUUUCAAUUAAUAUUAUCUCAUAAUCAUUCAUUUC